AUGGCCCAGCCACGAUUCUCUGCUGGCACUGAUGCCGCGAGCGUCACGCCAGCUCUCAAGGCUCUGCUCACAUCCGACGGCGGGCGCUGGACGCUUGCCAAAGAUGGUGCGGCGCUGGAGAGGCAAUUUAAGUUCAAGACAUUUGCAAAGACGUGGGUGUGGCACUCCAAUGUCUAUAACACCACCUUUGUCCGCUGGACGACCCACAACCCAGCCGGCCUCUCAGACAAGGAUAUCGACAUGGCCGCCCAGUGUGACACUCUCGCCGCGCAGCUAGGCGAGCUGCCCCCGGAGCCAGUGCCCGAGGCGGCGGUCGAGGCGGAGGGGCAGAGCUGCGCGAUCCGGGGCCUGGCUGACCGGGCUGCUGGUGCUGCAGGGGACUGCUGUACGCCAAAGAGUAAAUGA